AUGGCUACGGAAGGAAGUUUGGAGCUAUCUAACACGACAGUGUUGAAUCUCUACACUUACAACACAAGCAAAGGUGUUACCAUGCUGCUGAUCAUAUUGGAUGUGGGUGCAGUUGUAGUUUUCAGAGUUUUCAACAUAUUGCUCAGCACUUUUGUCAUUGGUGUGAUUAGUCUAAUGGGGCUAAUGUCUAACAUUGCUACAAUUGUGGUGCUGUCUCAUCAAGUCAACAAAAGUAUUAAUAUCGUUUUUCUGGGCUUAGCAAUAUCUGGUUUGUGCGUUAAUAUACUCUCUGUAUGGUACAGCGUCACUUGCGGCAUCAAAGAGACCACUCCGCCAAACUUUCCUUUCGAGCCUCUGAGUUUCAUUGUUAUGACUGCAAUUAUACCCAAGACGUUCUUCGUCAACUCCAGCUGCUGGCUAACAGCUCUUAUGGCCAUCAUCCGAUGUCUAUGUGUGGUGCUGCCCUUUAAGGUCGGCGUCCUUUUCACCCCUAGAAGAACGGCCUUCCUGACCUUUGGCCUAUUUUUUUUCGUUAUCUUCUGCUACUCCACGGCCUACUUCCGGAACGAGUUUGUUCUGGUUUCAUUUCCGGAAGUCAACGCCUCAUUGUACAUUGCGGUAGAGCUGUCCAAAGGGGAGGUCAUUGACAAUACAGUCUACUACUUAGGAUUCGUAGCUGUGCCUUUGAUCAACAUGCUUAUUAUCAUCUUCUGCACGCUUGUAAUGGUCAUCAGGGUCAGGGCGUCAGUAAACUGGCGAAACAACGCCCAACAUGGCAAGUCGUUUUCAAAGGAGAAACAAUUGGUCUUCGUUAGCGGAAGAGAGUCCAGCACAAAAGAACGGAGGCUCACCAAAAUGGUCGUCACUCUCACCACUGUCUUCAUCGUCUGCAACAUGCCAAACAACUUGGCUUACGUACACCCAUAA